UAUUUUGGAUGCGGGAGUAUGAGGCUCUAUUUGGAUCUCAAUGGGACGGGGAUAAAAUUGAAGAUGUUUUGCUGAUUUCUGAAAGGUGCAGCACCUUUUUCGUUUUGGACGAACUCCCUUGGCCGGCUAAUGAAAGCUUUCUGCCGAUGGUGCUUCUGCUCUUGACGACACUCAACAGGGCAGUCCCAGUGGCGGUGUGGGAAACAGGUGGCACAGUCCGGCAGCUCUUCUGACAGUUCCUCCUCCUCCGGUAAGUGAUCGCAGCAGUGGUCGGUUUGUUCUUGACGUGCUUAUGGAUUGAUAUAUGUGAUGGAUUUAGAAAUCCAAGGGGAAUGUGAGAUAUUUUGGAUGGAAUGUUUUAAUCUUACAAAUUUACAAGAAUCCUUUAAAAUCAAGAAAUAAUAACCGAAAUCCAUGGAAAUAUUGAGGACACCCAUAUUUUAAUGGAAUCCAUUGAACUCCAAGUUGAGGACACCCAGAUUGUGAUGGAGUUCUAAAAUCUUUUAAAAUCCAUUAAAAUCCACACCGGGGACAUCCCCCUAAAUGUUGUGUCUCCGCCACCCGCGACAAAUAGCCUCCGCCAGUCUUUCAUUCAACACCAGGUUCGUAGGACAGCCCCUUUACUCAGGCUCUCAAAGCGAACUCAUUAGCUUCUUUAGCAACCUUCUGCUGCAAUUCACUGUAUGUGUUGAGCACAUUAAACAAGUCCACUCCACAAUCAUAGUUACGGGCUCUUCCAGCUCAGCCUUCUUGGCCUCUAGGCUCAUUUCCGCUUAUUCAGAUUUUGGUCUUAUACACAAAGCCCGAGAAAUAUAUGAAACCUCCCCGGUUGAGUGCUUUUCUAACAUGCUCUUUUGGAACUCGAUAUUGAGGGCGAACCAUACUAGUGGGGAUUAUAUAGAAGCUGUAAAUAUAUAUACUAAAAUGCGUGGUUUUGGAGUUUGUCCAGACUCCUUUGGGUUUCCAUUGGUUGUAAGGGCUUGUGCAUUAUCCGAUGAUCAUAGUCUCUUCAAGGUCGUCCAUUGCCACACAAUACAAAUGGGUUUUCAGAAUCACCUUCAUACUGCAAAUGAACUGCUAAACAUGUAUGGAAAGAUGGGGAGAAUGGAUUACGCACAAGCAUUGUUUGAUAGAAUGCCAGAAAGAACUCACCUUUCAUGGAAUAUUAUCAUUUCAGGGUUUUCUCGUAAUUUAGACUCUGAUGGUGCACUUCAGAUGUUUUUGCGGAUGCAAUCUGAUGGUUGGAAGCCGAAUCCUGUAACUUGGACUUCAAUGCUGUCAGGUUUUGCUAAGUGCGGGCACCAUGAAGAUGCAUGUAGGCUGUAUACUCAGAUGAGAAUGGGAGGAGUUAAGAUCACAGCUGAGGCACUUUGUGUUGUUAUAUCAGGCUGUGCUACCAUGAAUGCAAUUGACAAGGGGAAGCUGAUGCAAGAACAUGCCAUAAAAGGUGGUUUUGAGAACCAUACGAUCGUAAUAAAUUCUCUAAUCAGUUUUUAUGGGAAACAUGGUGAUGUCAAUGCAGCUGAGCUUCUAUUUUCAGGACUACUUUCUAAGAGUAUAGUUAGCUGGAAUUCUUUAAUAUCUUCCUAUGCAGAAUCUGGUUUAUGUGAUGAGGCAUUUUCCGCACUUUCUCAGUUAGAGAAGCUAGGGGAGCAUUCAAUGGUCAGACCUAAUGUAGUAAGUUGGAGUGUAGUUAUUGGGGCAUUUUCGGCAAAGGAGAGGCACGAGGAGGCCUUGGAGCUCUUUAGGAGAAUGCAAUUUGCCAGGGUGCUGGCCAAUUCCAUUACCAUUUCAAGUGUUUUGUCAGUUUGUGCUGACACAUCUGCGCUGUGUCUAGGUAGAGAAAUCCAUGGCUUUAUUUUUAAGGUUCUAAAAUAUGUAAAUGUAAUGGUAGGAAAUGGGCUGAUUAACAUGUAUAUGAAAUGUGGUAGUUUAAAGGAUGGGAACACGGUGUUUGAGAGAAUGGAACAUACAGAUUUAUGCUCUUGGAACAUGUUGGUAUCUGGAUAUGGAAUGCACGGUCAUUGUGAUAAAGCUCUGGAAACCUUUGAUAAGAUGAUUAAAGCUGGAUUUGUACCGGACAAGGUUUCUAUGGUAGCUGUUCUCUCUGCAUGUGGUCAUGCAGGGCUUGUUAGUGAGGGUCGCAAAAUUUUCAAUGAAAUGCGAAAAAAAUUUGGGAUUGAACCAGAGGUGGAGCAUUAUGCUUGUGUGGUGGAUCUUUUGGGCCGUGCUGGAUUGCUUCAGGAGGCUCAUGACUUGGUGCAAAACAUGCCAUUGGAACCCAAUGCUUGUGUUUGGGGUGCACUAUUGAACUCUGGUAGAAUGCAUAAAAAUGUGCAUGUUGCAGAAAAGGCCGCUGCUCAACUUCUGGAUCAUGAUUCUGUGAUGACAGGGAGCUUAAUGUUGCUUUGCAACUUAUAUGCUGGCUGCAGUAGAUGGGGCGACUCGGCAAAUGUCAGACUUUCAGUAAAAACAAGGGGCUUAAUGAAAAUUCCUGGACAAAGCUGGGUCGAGGUGAAGAAGAAAGUGUAUAUGUUCUCAGCAGGAAAAUCGAUGCAAACGGGGAUGGAGGAAAUAUAUUCAAUGCUUAACGUCUUAAGUUAUCAAAUGGAUACAGAAGAUUAUGCGCUACAAUGCAGUUAGCUUCACAAGGCGUGGAGGAACACUUGUCAAUAUUUUCGGAACUUUGAUCAGGAGGCUGGAUUAUUGCUAUGGAGUUGUAUCCUGGAUUCUCGCUUUAUCCUGGAUUAUAUGAGUUUUCACAAUAUUCUUUCACUGGCAGUUAUAUGGGGACCACCGGAAUGAAAUGGAAGAAUUUGAAUGAUGGCAAAAACGGGAUGAGAGAGAUCAUAAUUGUCAUGUUUGUGGAAUGGUUACUAGUUCUCCUCUUUGCAUAUUACACAGAUCAAAUAACAUCAUCAGGGAAAACUCCUCCCCUUUUUCUUCAAUCAUUCCAAAAGAAGCACCUGCCAUCGUACCGAAGAUCAAACUUACAGAGACAGGGGUCUAAUGUUUCCAUUGAAAUGGAGAAACAUGAUUUCGUCCAGGAGGUAAUAUGCUUGAUUUUAUCUAAUACAUCAUGCUGGUAAACAUGAAUUGUAUUUUUUGAAGUAGUAAAUUUCAUAUUCUCCAUAUGGUGGUAUCUUAUUUUGAAUCAUUUAGGAAUUGAUGAUGUAAAUGGUAUUUAAUACUGCAGUAGUUCCAAUUUUCUCUCUGAUCGUAUACUUUUUACUGCAAUAAUUCCAUUGCAAUUCUCAUCAUUCUAAAAUAAUUAAUCCAACACGACAGUGCUCCCCCCUAGAGCUAAGGUUUUGUCUCCUGCAUUCUCUUUCUCCAUAUACAAAAUAUUCUCUCUCUCUCUGAACUCCUUUCCCUGUCUAACCCAGAUGCAGAAAUUUAAGUAUCUUUAAAAAAACUGUGAGCUUGCACAUGACAUCCAUUGGCACUCUAGUGACUAACUAUAUUUAAUUCACAUAAUUCAUAAUUUUGCACAGUAUUUUCUGUUUUUUAUAUUUCACCAUCACAUAAAUAGAGUCUUGUUUGAUUUUUCUUUUUCUAAAAAUAGUACUUCAUCCAUCCCAUUUUGUAAGAUUCACUUUCCUUUUUGGGUUGUCCAAAAAAUAUGAACACUUACUUAAAUUGAAUUCCACUAACUUUUUACUUUCUCAUUAUCCUUUUAUCUAUCAUUUCAUCUUUUACUUUUUCUGGUCCCAUCCUACUUUUUCUUACUUUUUUGAGGUUAGAAUUUUAAAACAACCACUUUAUCUUUUAUUUUCUUAAAACUCGUGCCAAACACACAUGCAAUUGACAUUAUGGGACGGAGGUAGUACUAAAUGUACCAAUCGAUCUGAUAUUUUAUAAAACUUCUUAACAAAAAUUUGUCAUUCGGCAAAUACUGUCAUCACACCCCUGGCUUUGAGGCAACCUGAAAGAGCCUUUUCUCUCUUAGAUUAACCCGUGAUUUCAUCAUUGGAGUUCCAGAUAGUAAACAAAUUUGGAAACAUCCUUGAUAAUCUCAAGAUGGCUGUAGAUAGGGUAAGGAGUUGGUGCAUGUUACAAAAUAAACUGCUGAGGUUAGAGAUGAAUUGCACUAAGCUUAUGAACAAUUGAAUCUUCAGUUUGCUUGUGAAGAAACUUCGGAAACAAUAAAGUGGUAUUAAUGGACGCUUGAAGCCUUGAAGGAAAUAUAAACACACUUCUGUCCAUGGCUUAACAAGCAAAAGUCCAAAAUUUGAUGGUGUCACUGAUGAGCCGGGAGAAUCUUAUUCUGAUCCUGAUUAUAUUUCUGAUUCUGCAAUUAGAUAUCUCUAUUCACGAAAGUUAGUGAAGUGUGUGCAACCAGGCUCAUGGAGGGCAUACCUUUCCUUAUCAGUAUGAAGAUAUUAUUAUUCCUAACAAAACUUAUAGUAUGAAAGAAGUUAAACUGAUUUAAUUUUGGAGCAGCUUUCUACCAAAAAUAGUGGGACAUCAUAAAAGAUGAACUUGUGCAGGCAAUAGCUGAUUUUUUUGGAAGAGAUAUUCGUUAGAGCAUCACUGCCAUCACCUUGGUCUUGAUUCGUAAAGUUGGCCAGCAAGCUAAUGGGAAAGACUUCAGACCAAAUAGCCUUUGUAAUGUCAUGAAUAGAGACCUGUCUAAGGUGUCGAAUGCCAGCUUAGUCAAAUUUCUCCCAAAAUUCAUAUCAUGAUAAUCAAUAUGGAAUCGUCAAAGAGGGAAAAAGUUGAACAUUUGCUUCUUGAAUCAAGUACAAGUCAAGCUAUAAUAAUAUAAUAUGUGACAACAUAAAAAAAGCUUAUCCAGGAAGAGAGGGAAACCCUGAAAAAUUUGCAGUGAAAGGGUUGUCACUUGCUUUGCCUCAGGGAGAAUGCUUUGGUGUGCUUGGGCCCAACGGUGCUGGGAAAACUUCUUUUAUAAAUAUGAUGAUUGGUCUCAUAAAGCGGAGCGCUGGUACUGCAUAUGUUCAGGGCAUGAAUAUACAAACUGAUAUGGACAAAAUAUAUACCAGCAUGGGAGUGUGUCCUCAGCACGAUCUGCUUUGGGAAACGUUAACAGGAAGGAGCACUUAAUGUUCUCUGGAUGGCUGAAAAAUCUGAAAGGAGCAGACUUUAAGACGAGGCUUGAAAGUUUGGAGCGAUCAUUGGAGCUUUCCAGGGAAGAGAUCCGAACAGAGAUGAGAGCUUUGAUGGACGAAAAAGUACAGUUGUUGCUGGAGAAGAUGCAAAGUCUCGAAGUCAAGGGCAGUCACGAGAGAAGAAGAGGACGAUCGACCACCAAUUGUCGACGCCAGACUUCUGCCAGCGUGAGUUCGUCCAAUUCCGGAGGCAGUUGAAGAGUCUCUUAAGAGUGUUAAUUUAUAUCAUGGAGGAGUCGCUGACAAGCAAGCUGGAAAGUAUAGUGGAGGAAUGAAGAGGAGGCUUAGCGUUGCCAUUUCAUUGAUUGGAGAUCCCAAAGUUGUAUGUAUGGAUGAGCGUAGUACUGAACUGGAUCCAGCUUCAAGAAACAAUUUGUGGAAUGUGGUCAAGCGUGCAAAGCAAGACAGAGCAAUAAUUCUAACUAGUAAUGUUACUCUCCAUAUCCACCAUUCUUCACAUUCAUUUUGCAUUGGUAAGUGUCCUGCAUUGGAUGCUCACUGGAUUUGUGUAGGUAAACCUCCUAUGUUGAUGAUGCUUUUGGAGUGAAGUAAACCUCACUUAUUGGAGGUCCUUGGGUGAGUUAGACGUGAUUUAAAAUGGUGUGAGAGUCUAGCUUGUUAUUUUUAACACUCCACUGUCUGGGGUAGCCCGUUUCAUCUAUUUAUCCGUCCCAAUUCGGACUGUGGGGCAUUUUUAGUGAUAUUUACUACUCCCUCCGUCCCGCUAACAAUGGGACAAAAGGGAGUGGCACGCAAAUUAAUAAAAAGUGGUUUAUGUGGUUGAUAUUGAAUUGAUAAAGUAAGAAUAAAGUAAGAAUGAUUUAGAGCCACACAAACUAUACCAAAUUUGGUAUGGGACAAUCUUAGUGGGACGGACCGAUAAGGUAAAAUGGGACAAUCAUAGCAGGACGGAGGUAGUAGUUUUUUUUCUCUAAUAUACAUGAUAAAUCUCAUAUCUCAAGGAUCCUUUUAGGGUGAAUUAGACACGAUUUAAUACCCACAACCAAACUAUUGUGCGCAUAAUGACUUGGUAAUAAAGUUCCUUGAUACAAUGAACAUUUAAUACCCAUUGCACACUGCUUAACGAAUUCGAGUGCCACAAGUUUGCUUUUUAUUUUACCAAUGUAUCAUCUUUUAUCAGCUCACUCAAUGGAAGAGGCAGAACAUUUAUGUGAUCGGUUAGGUAUCUUCAGGGGCGGAGCCAAGGCACUGGACCGGACUAGGCCGGUACAAAGAAUAUUUUAGGGAAAAAAAUUCGCGGAACUUUUUACACCAAAAAUAUAGACAAUUUUUAAAUUUGGGGUGGGCCGGGGCCAGGGGUGGCCCCUGGGUAUCUUUGUAGAUGGAAGCUUGCAAUGUAUAGGAAAUCCUAAGGAGGUAAAUCAAUGCAUGUAUUAUGUUUUCAUUGUUGUAAUGUAGAUGAUGGUCAUAUAUCAGAAGAGGGCAGAUCAUUCUAAUCUUAUCUCUCCAUUCCCUAUGCUUUACACUCUAUUAGUUGCCCUCAGGGCGUAGCUCAAGUUGAGGCAGCCGGGACUUGGGGCAGGGCGCAGGGCGCAGGGCGGCAGGGCGCAGGGCGGCAGGGGCCUUGGUGGUGGGGGGGAGGGAGCAGGGCUAACCAUUUUGAAUUAUCAUUAGUCUACUUACAUUACUGAAUUUUCCAUUUCAAAACAGGAAUAUGUUUACCAUUAGAGUUUAUAAGUUAAUUUAAUAAUUCCAAAAAUUGGAACUCUUUAUGUAACCUCAACUACUGCAUCGUCACAUUUACAUUACCAUUGUGUGUAACUUCACUGUUGGAGACGUUCUUUUUUAAUGUAUUCCUUUCUCUAAAUCUGGAUGACACCAUUUUUCUGUUUAGGAUGAGAUCACUUCGUCCUAAAAAAAAUAACACCUUUAUGCGUUGAGGAUGAACUCCAUGGACAUAAGAAGGAAAAGGAUUUCUUGGAAUGACUCUUGCCCCUGUCUUCAAAGCUCCAAUUUACUGGAGCAGGAAAAAUAGAGAAAAAUACCACUUUCUUAAUUUGAGAAGAAUAGAAAAGUAAAAAUGUUUUUAACUUUCUGUUUUCUGGUUAUUCGUUGUUUUUUCUUUGCACAAAAAGGAAGAGUUAAAGUCGUCAAUAUUUCUCAUUAGUGCACAUUAGAGUUUCUCUUUCUAAAAGAUGCGUUGUUAACAUUUUAGCUAGAAAAAGAGAUGGAAAUGCACUUGUCAUUAAUUUUUCAGAAUCGUAAAUUUCCUUUAUUAUCGUUUAUUGUAAGUACUUUCUUUUGCCUAUAUUUGCUUUUGAUCUUGUGUAAUUGAUGAAUGUAAGCAGUUAAAAGCCAGGUAUGGAGGUUCGUAUGUACUCACCAUGACAUCUUCAGAACACGAAGAUGCAGAAGUAGAGAGGAUCGUGCAGUCUCUCCCCUAAUGCUCACAAGAUCUACCAAAUUUCGGGCACACGGAAGUUUGAGCUGCCAAAGCAUGAGAUAAGCAUUGUGGAUGUUUUCCGUGCCAUUCAAAAUGCAAAGAGAAGAUUUACCAUUCAUGCAUGGGGCCUAGCAGAUACAACCUUAGAGGAUGUGUUUAUAAAGGUUGCAAGAGGAACUCAGUCAUCCAUUAGCCUCUCGUGAGAUCCUCCAUGCUAAUUUAUACCAUAAUAUUGUUCACUUCUGCUUCCUGGACAUCUAUAAGACACCUUGCUAUUAUAUUGUGUGAUUUAUUUAGUCAAUUAUUACAAAAUGCCAAAUUACAGUGUCUUAGGUAUACUGCUUGCUAAGAUUGUACUAUUAUUCUACCUCUAUUAAAGCCUAAAAUAUAAGUUCGUAGCGCACAUAUUUAUUGUGGUGAAUCCUUC